CAAAUCCUUGGUUUUCAGCUUCAGCCUUGCUCAUCCCACUUCGAAGACGAUAGGAGAUUGGGAAGUCCAUGCUUGGAACCUGUUCGAUUCCGAACCCUUGUAAGUCAUUAACCCUCCCAGAAUGUUUAGCUUCUGUAGCAGAAAACUUCUUCAUGUAAAGUGGUCUGAUAGUUCAUCAACAACAUGUCUCCUUCCCAUUAUUGGAAACUCAUCUCUUAGGUUUAGUUCAAAUGCCACAGAACAAUCGUCUCUCACGGUAGAUUAUCUCAUAAACAAGUGUGGGUUAACCCAAGAAUCUGCUCUUAAAGCCUCCCAGAGGAUUAAUAUCAAAUCCACGUCAAAAGCAGACUCGGUUCUUGCCCUCUUAAUCAGCUAUGGAUUACCCAAACCCUAUAUCUCAAAGCUAAUUAGCAAGGACCCAACGGUACUCUCUGCGGAUCCUAAGAAAAUCUUGGUACCCAAGAUUGAAUUUUUCUCUAAUAUGGGUAUUUCAGGCCCCAACCUUGCAAAGAUCUUCUAUAGAGACACAAGCAUUCUAGGGAGUGCCAAUUUGAGAAACCAAAUUAUUUCCAUGGAGUUCCUUAAGAGUUUCCUUCAUGAUGAUAAGAAUAUUGCUGUGGCCUUGAGUCGGUUGAGGUGGACUACGGGGAUUCAAAGUGCAAUGGAACCUAAUAUUGAGAUCUUGCGAAAUCAGGGGGUGCCGGAAUCUGGCAUUUCGAAACUAAUUAGACUCCGCCCUCAAUUACUUACUUGGAAACAACCUCAGUUUAAUGAGGUUGUCCUACAAGCCAAGGAAAUGGGGUGUGACCCUUCGAGUUUGAUGUUUAUCCAUGCCAUCCGCACGCUGUCACAGAUGAAUAAGGCUACCUUGGAAGCAAAACGGGAGGUUUUUAGGAGCUUUGGAUGGUCAGAGGAUGAGAUUCUCUGCAUGUUCAGGAAACAACCCAAUUGUUUGACUCGCUCAGAGAAAAUCCUUAGAAUGCGAUUGGAUUUCUUCAUGAACGAACAUAGUUGGACUGCAGCAGAAGUUGCCCUGAGGCCAGCCGUUUUGCUUUAUAGCAUGGAGAAGAGAACUGUUCCAAGGUAUUCCGUUAUUCAAUUUCUUCUCUCCCAGGGUUUGAUGAAGAAACAAAGUAUUAGUACUGCGUUUUCAUUGAAUGAAGAUAAGUUCUUGGAGAACUUUGUUAGGAAGUAUCACCAGGAGCUACCUCAGCUGUUGAAGGAGUACAAACGUAACAUGGAAUGACUUGGGAACUGGGAUUGAUCAUUUGUAGAGUUUCUUCUUACAAUUUUGACAGGUAUUACAUUUUUUGUACUUGAGGAAACUUGGGAAUGUAUACGUCUAGGUUAUUUACUUGCUUUCUUUGUCUACAGGUCACAUUCUCUUCAAUUGAUAUUAAGGCUCCAUUUUAUUUCCAU